AUGGCUGUUAUAUUACUUUCUAAAAUCACUCAACUUUUCAAAGUAUUUAUCAAAAUGCCAAGUGGGAUAGACAGCGAAUCUGAAUCAGAAAAAGAAAUUGAAGAUUCCACCCUCAUGUCCAGAAAAGCCCUUUAUAAAUCAGGGGUCCCUCAGCUGGAGAUCCCAUUUGCAGUACAGAAUGUCAUCUCUAGGAUUGAGCAAGCACAGUUUUAUCGAGCCAGAGAGGACAUUAACACGCAGCUGACUGACAUAAUGCUCAAUGUGCAGCGGAUAAUAAAUCGCUACACUCUUGAUGAGAACGUGCACUCUGGAAGAAAAAUCUCCCUUACAGAAUAUAAGAAACGGAGAGGAAAUUUCCUGGAGAAAAUAGUUACUUAUGCUAAGAAUGCUGAAAUUAGAGAAAAGACUCUUGUGUACAUCCUGGCCUGGUUGGAAGAAUGGAAUGCCAUUUUGUCUGAGAUGACUGCAGUGGAUAUUGAGGACCACCACCACUGGAUAGCACAAAUGGAGUUUUUACCAGAAAAGUUCAAAGCUAUUGAGAACAAUGUCAAGAUACUGAGUAGAAUUAGUGUAUCUUUGCUUGAAGAAAAGAAGAGACAAAAGAAAAAAAUAACAUCUAGAGGUACUCUAUGGAAAUCUUGGAAAGAAAGAGUUAUAAAGCGACCAGCAACUGCUCAUGCUUUAAGACCAGAUCAGAUAAUUAGUGAUGAAUUUGCAACAAAUACAAAGGUUUCAGAAAUCCAAGAUAUGCUACAGGAACUCAUAAACACUACAAUGUUCAAUAAAUUGGAAAACAGUGCUAUUAAAUAUAUAUCAUCAACGAUAAUAAACCUUUCCAAAGCUUUGAGUACACUAAAUGAUGAACUAAAAGUUUUUAACCUCCAGAGUGCCAAUAUGUAUAUAAGUGAGACAAGUGAAAAAGAAAAAGAGCUCUCCCUGAAGAUAAUGCGAGAGCUCAAUGAAAAAAAUGAAAUGCUUCAGCAGAAACUUCAAGAUGCAGAAGAAAAAUAUGAACAAUUUAUUUGGUCCAAAGGUGUUGUAGAACCCCAAGUAGGUACAGCAUUACCCACAUCAACCUUGAAAGUGUUGCCCGAGCUUUCUUCACAAUCAUCCACUAGCAAAGCUGACACAGAAAACAGUAUGGAUGAUAUUUUGGUUAAAGAAUUGGAAAAUAUUAUAGAUGAGACCCAAACAAAAGAGACCAAAGGCUUGGGGAUCAAGUGGGACUCAGCUAUUUCAUAUAUAGCCCCAGCUGAAAUGACUCCAGGUUUAAUUGAAGAGCGAUAUCCUUUACUUGAAAAAAAACCAAAAGAGUCUUCUGAAGAUAUCACUGAAGAUAAGAUAUCACUGAAGAAAGGUGAUAUCUAUCAGAAAGAUGGGACUGACCAGUACCAAUCACAGAAUAAACAGCGAACUAAAGGCCCAUAUAUGCAUGAGACCUCUGGAUUAAAUGUGAGUGAUGAUAAAGGUAAAGAGAGAGACUCAGAGACCAAACUUGAUUACCAUUUGGAGCUACAGUCACUGGAAAAGAAGAGAAAAGAAAUAAAAUCCAUUUCUGAAGACAAAUCAAAGUCAUCCACUGAAUCAAGAAGUCCACAUGUCCCUGCUGAUUACCCUUCUACUGACACAAAAAGCCAAGGUAGCAGAAGUGGAACAAGCAGUAUAUGGGAACAAUUCAGGAAGCUCAAGCCUGAGUAUCCACGUGACAAAAGCCAGAUUUCUUCAGAGAAUAAAGAGGAACCCACCACUGAGUCAAUGGACAAAGAGACCAAAAGCGAGAUGAGCAGCCAAGCAGAGCAAUUCGGGUUAACCCAACUUGGUUAUUCCUCUGAGAAAGUGAAAACAAAAGGAAAGAAACACCACGUCACUUCAGAAACCACCACAAGCAAACAGAGAAAAACUGAAGAGGACAUAUUAGUCCUCACCAAGAAAGUCAAGUCUCACGGACUUGUGAAGCCAAAAUCUAGGGUAACAGAAGAGACUUCAGAAUCUACCAGAGUUCUGGGAAGUCCAGAUGGCAAAAGUGAAGAGAGUAACCUAGAAGAAUUUCAAAAAGCCAUAAUGGCUUUCCUAAAAGAGAAAAUUGAUAACAUAGGAAAGCCUUUGGAUAAAAAGACUGUGCCAAAAGAGGAGUUAUUAUUAAAAAUGGCAGAGGUUGAAAAAUUAGGAAUCAUAAAGGCAAAAAUAGAGGAAUAUUUCCAAAAUGUGGCUGAAACUGUGACAAAAACCUUGAGGAAAUACAAAGAUAUAAAAAGUGCAGGACAAGUGGGAGAGAAACCUAUGAAACGAAAAAAAGAAGUCUCAUUUAUGCCAGGAUUGCAUUUUCAGAAGCCCAUUAGUGCAAAGACUGAAAUUAGCACAUUACUGUCAUCUAAGAGCAUGGACCCACUAACUGACAAUUUAAUACAAAUGAUCUUGACUGAGAUAGAAGGGGAAAGAGAUGCUCCAGUAGCCUCAACAGUAGGGAGAGACCACAAGGAAGAGGAAAAACAAAGGCGGGAGGAACAUUUGCAAGAAGGUCAAGAAAAAAUAUUUGGUAAGGGUCUCAAACACCAGUCGCAAGAAGGGAGUUUCUGGAAGAAGGGCUAUGAGAUGAUAAAUAAAAAACUGCUGGAGGAAGAGUUAUGGCUCCAGAUGAAGGAAGGAAAGCAAGGACAACAGAAGCAGAAACAGAGGCAGGAAGAGGAAAUGCGGAAGGAACAGCAGAAACAGAGGAUGCAAAAGCAGACUGAGCAAGAUGAGGAGCAAACACAAAGAGAAGAGGAAGAAGAUUAUCAGAAGUUAAAACAGCAGCAGCUGGAAGCAUGGAAUCGAAAAAUGGAAAAACAAGCACCGCCCCUGGAGAAGGAGAAGGGACAGCAGAAGAGGCAUGUUCAGAAGGAAAUGAGACAUCAAGAGCUGGAAAUAAAUUGGGAGAAAGAGGAGAAGCAAAGGCCAAGGAGAAAUGUAGAGGACCAUGAAAGGCAGAGGCAGAAAAAAACAAAGGAUCAGAUGAAGAUAAAUGAGAAAAACUCCGAAGAACAAGAAAAGAUGUUCAGCCAAACUUCAAUGACAUUGUCUCCCCGGUGGAAGACCAUACCAAAAGUAGCAUCCCAGUUACACCAAAGAAAAGAGUUCCAUGGGCAUCUUAAGGCAUUAGACAUUCUUGCUGAUGGAAAGCAGCCUAUACCAACCACUCCUCCCUCUACACAAUCACCCUCACCUGAGGCCCUUCCAGUUUCUGGACAGAAUCCCACAAAGUUCCUCACUCUAACUCCUCAGCAGGCUCAGGCACAAGGGAUCACUCUAACCCCACAGCAGGCCCAGGCACUGGGGAUGACUCUCAGCCCUCAGCAGGCUCAGGCACAGGGGAUCACUCUCACCCCUCUCACCCCUCAGCAGGCCCAGGCACUGGGGAUCACUCUCACCCCUCAGCAGGCCCAGGCACUGGGGAUGACUCUCACCCCACAGCACGCCCAGGCACUGGGGAUGACUGUCUCCCCUCAGCAGGCUCAGGCACAAGGGAUCACUCUCACCCCACAGCAGGCCCAGGCACUGGGGAUGACUCUCACCCCUCAGCAGGCCCAGGCACUGGGGAUCACCCUCACCCCUGAGCAGGCUCAGACACUGGGGAUGACUCUCUCCCCUCAGCAGGCUCAGGCACUAGGGAUCACUCUCACCACUGAGCAGGCCCAGGCACUGGGGAUCACUCUCGCCCCUGAGGAGGCCCAGGCACUGGGGAUCAGUCUCACCCCUGAGCAGGCCCAGGCACUGGGGAUCACUCUCACCCCUGAGGAGGCCCAGGCACUGGGGAUCACUCUCAUCCCUGAGCAGGCCCAGGCACUGGGGAUCACUCUCACCCCUGAGCAGGCUCAGGUACAGGGGAUCACUCUCACCCCUCAGCAGGCUCAGGCACAAGGGAUCACUCUCACCCCUCAGCAGGCCGAGGCACAGGGGAUCGCUGUCACCCCUGAGCUGGCCCAGGCACCUGGGAUCACUCUCACCCCUCAGCAGGCCCAGGCACUGGGGUUCACUCUCACCCCUGAGCUGGCCCAGGCACCUGGGAUCACUCUCACCCCUCAGCAGGCUCAGGCACAAGGGAUCACUCUCACCCCUGAGCAGGCCCAGGCACCUGGGAUCACUCUCACCCCUCAGCAGGCCCAGGCACUGGGGUUCACUCUCACCCCUCAGCAGGCUCAGGCACUAGGGAUCACUCUUACCCCUGAGCAGGCCCAGGCACUGGGGAUGACUCUCAGCCCUCAGCAGGCCGAGGCACAGGCGAUGACUCUCACCCCUCAGCAGGCUCAGGCACUGGGGAUCACUCUCACCCCUCAGCAGACCCAGGCACAUGGCAUCACUCUUACCCCUGAGCAGUUCAAAGCAUUGGUGGUUACCCUCACACCUGAGAAAUGCCAGAGCUUGGGUUUCACACUCACCCCUGGGAAAGUUGAGGCACAGGGGUCUCCUCUCACUGUUGCACAGGCCUGGGAAUUGGGGGUUCCUAUUACACUAGAAAGUGCCUGGUUGUCAGCUCUCACUCUUUCCCCUGAACAGACCCAAGCUUUAGGUGCCCCUCUCUCCUUAGAACAGGCUCAAGCAUUAGGGGUUUCUUUCUUUCCAGAACACUUCUGGAAAUUUGGAGUCCCUCUCACCUCAGAUAAAUUCCAUUCUAUAGAAUCUCCCCUUGAACAAGUACAAACUUUGGGAGCCCCCUUCAUCCCAGGACAAUCCCAUCCCAUGGGUAUUACUCUCAUGUCUGAGGAGGACCAACAAUCAAGUGAACAGACCUCACCACUUGGGGCCCAUCCUACUCUAGAACAUACCCUGAAAGUUGGGAUCAUUCCUGUUACUGAUAAACCCAUUAUAGGUGCUCCUCACAUUUCUAAACAGUUCCCCACAUUGGCCCCUUCCAGUCUUAGAUCAUUUCAAAGAUUGAACGCUUCUGUCCUCCCUGGGAAAUCCAUUACAUCAAGCCCUAGGCAAGCCCCAGCAUCUGUUCCUAUUGCUGAGAAGUCCUCUGUAUUGGAGGUCUCUUCUACUCCUUUGCAGAUAUCAGGGUCUCCUCUUUCCCAAGACCCUGGGAAAUUGCUAGGAAUGAGAAUUCUUUCUGACCCUGGGAAGCUCCUGGCACCACAGACUUUUCCUUCCUCUAAACAGACCCUGGUUUCUGAAGGUCAAUCCACCUCUGUUCAGUUUGUAGCACCAGAGGUCCCUCUGUCCCCUGGGAAGUUUGCACUGGAGACCCUUCUUAGUUCUAGAAAGUUCUUAAGAGACUCUUGGACCCCUCAGCUACCUCUGAUAUCAGAGGCCCCUCUGGCCCCCAGGCAGCCUCUUAUAUCUGGAGUCCCACUCUCCUCUGCACAGAUUCCCAGUCUCUUGGCUCCUCUUUCCCCUAGGAAGCCCUUGGUUUCUGGGACCUCCUCUAUCCUGGAAUCUAGACCCCUAACACUCUCUGAGCAGCCCCAGGCAUUCCAGCCCCCUCCUACCUAUGAGCAAUCUCUCUAUCUACAAGUUCCUUCUACUCUUGGGCAGCAUCAUGCUUCCCCACUGUGGAUCCCUCCCACCCCUGGGCAUCCUCCAACACUAUGGACCUCCCCAACCCCUGGGAAGCCCCAGAAAGAUGUGUCUUCUUCUAUAUCUAAGAAAAGUAAGGAAAGAUUGACAAUUAUUUCUUCUCUGAAAUCUAAAUCAGUCCCUUUUACUGCUAAGGACUUCCAAAUAUCAGAGGUCUCUGACAGUUCUGAAGAAAUCCAGACAUGCCAUGAUCCUAUUGCCAUGGAACAAUUUAGAACAUUUCAGUCCUAUCUCACCGAUUACAGGACACCAGUAUCACAAACCCCUUACAUUGGUGGGAGGGCCCUUCCCCCUCUCAUGAAGCCUCUUACUAUGAAACUACCCAAAACGUCACAAAUUUCAUCUUCUGAAUGGGAUCAGAAAACCCAGUUCCCCCCUAUAGACAAGUCCUGGAUACUGACUUCAGAUUCAGUUACCAAGAAACCUAAGAUGAUGGUGUCCCCUUCCUCUCCCCAAGAGCUCAAAGAACAGAGGUAUUUUGUUGAUGUGGAAGCUCAGAGAAAGAACCUGAUACUCUUGAAUCAGGCCACAAAAUCUUCUAGACUGCCUUCACAGCUACACGCAACAGCUAGGAAUCUCAUAAUUGAAACACUUCAUAUGGACACAGUUCGGCUGGGAUACCUAUUUCGCAAGUACAUUGCUUACAGGCUGAUCCAGCGAGCAAGAAACAACAUAAUCAGACGAUUACAAGCCAUCCAAAACACUGGGAAAGGUUAUGAGACCCAGAAACUCUUCAUAAUGCUGAGCAGAAUUGAUGACUAUCAGAAAAAGAUGAUGCAGGUCUGGACCAACAAGCAGAAGUCUUUAGAGCAGAAACGGAAUCAGUGCCUGGGGAAAAUGAUGUUCUUAUUUAACCAGCUUCAAGGGAUGUAUAAAUUGAAUCUUAGUCAACCUAUCCCUUUGAUCAUCGACAAAAAGCAGAUACCUGCCUCUACCAAAUUUGUCCAACAGCCAUUCCUAGAGCUGCUAAUAGAAGAUGACAGAAAGUCUGACACAUUCAAGAAAUUUCGACAACAAGAAGACCAAAUAGGAGCUAUCUGGAAUGCUGAUCUGUCAACUUCAAGCUACCCAAUAACAGAGAAGAUAUCAAUAAAUUCACUCUGGGCCCAGCUGGGUGGGUACCCAGAUAUUCCUAUGCUACUCCAGUUAGAUGUUCAGUCUACCUUCAGAAAAUCUCUUGCAUCCAUUAAAUCACAGUUUAAGAAGAUUCCCAAGUGACUGUAAAAUUAAACACAAG